AUGUUUAUGAAUUUCAUUAAAGAAGCCAUUUGUGAUAAUAACGAUGAAGUGUAUAAAUACCUUCUCGGCUGGAUUGCAUCAAUGAUUCAACAUCCUGGAAUCAAGAAUGAAACAGCAAUUAUUUUGAAAGGACUUCAGGGAACAGGUAAAAACAGAUUCACAGACAUUAUUUCUGAACUCCUCGCCGGUUAUUCAUGUAAAAACAUUACUGAAAUAAGUGAGCUAACGGGUAAUUUCAACUCAGUAGUUGAAAAUAAAAUGUUUCUUGUACUUAAUGAACUCAAGAAUGUAGGUGAAGACAGACUCGCAAACUUCAACGCUUUGAAAUCAAUUAUAACGGAUAAUGAGAUUAGAAUUAAUGAAAAGAAUCAACCCAGAAGAACUGCUCAGAAUGUUGCAAACUUCAUUUUCGUAACUAACAACGUCUACCCUGUCAAAAUUGAAGUUGGAGACAGAAGAUACGUAGUUUUAAGGGUUAAUGGUAAAUUCAAGGGUCAAUUUGAUUACUUCAAGAAUUUAAUGGAUUCAUGCACUAAGGAAUUUUAUGAUAACCUUUUAACAUAUUUUAUGCAAUAUGACCUUUCAUCAUUUAAUGUACGAAUCAUACCGAUGACUGAAGCCAAACAAGAUUUAAUCGAGUUAUCAACAAAUCCUUUAGAUGUAUGGAUAAAUACACAUUAUGAUGAAUUGUGUGCAGGUAUGACGUGUAAAAAUGCUCUAUUCUGCAAACCAUCAGACAUGAAAGACAAGAAUUUUCAAAUGAGCAUUAAGGAUAAAUGUGAUAGGAAACAAAGAAAAAUAGAUGGUAAACAAACAUGGUAUUAUGUUUUGAAAGAAGAAAUGAAAGGAUUAUAUAAACAGGUUGAACCAAACUAG